AUGUUUUGCAUGUACUUGCUUCGACAAUGGAGUUUUGAGUACUUACUAGAGAUCUCACUCUUCUACCCCACUCAUCGUCUCUGUGAUACCAGUACUUCUAGUACUACUACUGCCACUCAGAGCUGCCCCUUGCAAGACCAGCAGGAGUUUGAAGCCCGCUUGGAAGUUCAUAUCAUGAGCCUUUUGGCAGCCUUGGAAGGAGAACAUCACGGCGGGGAGAAGGAACUGAAGGGCGAGGUGGGCCGCGACGCCGGGGAGAAGAAGCGCGAUGGACCAGAGGAGAAGCCACUGCUGUUGUUCCAGCAGGUGUCGCGGUGCUUCUGCAUGCCGAUCAAGCAGGCGGCGGAGGAGCUCAAUGUUGGGCUGACGCUCCUGAAGAGGCAGUGCCGGGAGCUCGGGAUCCCGCGGUGGCCGCACCGAAAGUUGAAGAGCCUGGAGACGCUCAUCAAGAAUGCUCAGGAGCUAGGGAAGCCUAUGAUUGAAGUGGAGAUGCUGCAACGGAAGAAGAAGCUGAUCGAGGAGAGGCCUGGGCACAUUGAGCUGGAUGAGGAGACGAAGGUGCUGAGGCAGGCGUGCUUCAAGGAGAAGUUCAAGAGGAGAAGGCUCAUGGCAAUGGAGCGGUAA